GUGGGCGAGUAAAUUUCGAGAACUUGAAAUUGAGGUACUAGUCUGAAAUCAGACAGCAGCUUGGCUUCUUCUUCAGUUGUUCGCAGCAGUAGCAGACGGACAGUCUCUCUUUGCUGACAUAACCCCCACCAUGGCUAGAUUCAUUUGUUUAGCUGGGUUUUCUUUGGCACUAUGUCAUUUUGGAUUGGCUUCCCAGCUAAUAUGUUACUUCACAAACUGGUCUCAGUACAGACCUGAUGUUGGCCAGUACUUGCCGUCUAACGUGGAUCCCCAUUUAUGCACCCAUUUAAUUUAUGCGUUUUCCAUUAUUAAUCAAGCAAAUCAACUGAGCACCUAUGAGUGGAAUGAUGAAACUCUCUACAGAUCUUUCAAUGGACUGAAGCAAAUAAACCCCAGUUUGAAAACUCUCUUGGCUGUGGGAGGAUGGAACUUUGGUACAGCUCAGUUUAGUAUCAUGGUGUCCACCCCGGCAAACAGACAGACCUUUAUUCAGUCUUCCAUAAACUUUUUGAGGACUCAUGGCUUUGAUGGUCUUUGCCUGGACUGGCAAUAUCCUGGUUCCCGUGGAAGCCCUCCAGAAGACAAGCAAAGAUUCACACUGCUCUGCGAAGAGCUUCUGGAAGCUUAUGAGGCAGAAGGUGAUGCCACUGGACGGCCCAGACUCCUGCUCACUGCUGCUGUUUCUGCUUGGAAGGAAACCAUUGAUGAUGGUUAUGAAAUUGCAGAAAUUUCUAAUUAUUUGGACUUCAUCAAUGUCAUGACCUAUGACUUUCAUGGCUCAUGGGACUGUUUCACUGGACAUAACAGUCCCAUGUAUCCCGGGUCUGAAGACACAGAAGACAACAUCUACUUCAAUACUGAUUUCGCCAUGACAUACUGGAGAGAUCAGGGCGCCCCUGUGGAGAAACUAAGGAUGGGAUUUGCAACAUACGGACGGACGUUCAGUCUGACGUCCACGGCCAGUGGUGUUGGAGCUCCAGCUAAUGGCCCUGCUUCAGCGGGAACAUAUACCAGAGAGGCCGGAUUCUGGUCCUAUUAUGAGAUCUGCACCUUCCUUAACGGAUCAGCAAGACAAUGGAUCCAUGAUCAGAAAGUUCCAUAUGCAACCAAAGGAGAAGAGUGGGUGGGCUUUGACAACAAUUUGAGCUACGAGACAAAGGUUCAAUACUUAAAGGAGAAUCGGUUUGGAGGAGCGUUUGUCUGGGCUCUGGAUCUCGAUGACUUUACGGGACAGUUCUGUGAGCAGGGCAAAAGUCCUCUCAUCAGACACCUGCGUCAGCUUCUUGACAUCGAACAUAUCCCUGUAAAUGGCUUAUGUGCAGGCAGGCCAGACGGGGUGUACGCAAACCCAGCUGACCAGACGUCCUUUCUUCAUUGUUCCCAUGGCAGAACUUUUGUAAAGCCAUGUCCUUCAGUGCUCGUCUUUAAUGUCAACUGCUUGUGCUGUGACUGGCCUAGCAAUGUGAAUGGGUCUUGAUAAUACUUUCUACAAUUGGGAAUUAUACACUUUACCUUUAUUUUCUUAUAUUAAUACUAUGCUACGUUAUGCAAGUCUAUCUAAACUUUCUAAUUAAAAUGAACCUGAUUUAAGA